AUGCACCACGACAACUGUAGCAUUGCACUCCGCGGGGAGCCGUGCGACGUAGAGAUGCUUGGGCGCGACGCAGUGCCCGUGGCCAGGGAGGGGGACGCGAUGAUGCACGGGCCGUACGAAGCCAAUGGGUGCGCGGGCCUCAGCGCAGACGAAUGCUCUGGGGACGCCAAAAAUGCUAUGAAAAGAGACCAUGAUGACGUCGUUCGGCGUAACAAGGUACUGCACAUGUUUCAAGUUAUCUUCAACAAGGUUGUUCCGUACGGUGGGCUCCUCUCGUCGACGUUCAACUUGGCCUCGGCGACUCUGGGGGCUGGCAUCACCUCCCUGCCGGCUGCCUUCAACCUCAGUGGCGUCGUCAUGUCUAGCAUCUACCUUAUUUUCGUAACAAUCGCCACGGUUUACUCCAUGAAUCUUCUGGCGAAGGUUAUCCACAAGACUGGGGCUCAAACAUUUGAGCAGGCGGCGAGGCUGCUGCUAGGCACCGGUAUGGAUUACUUUCUGGUGGCGCUCGUUAUGUUCUUGUGCUUUGGCGGAUCGGUGGCGUACAUCAUCAUUACCGGUAGGCUACUGACUCCCGUGCUCACCAGCCCUGGGGUACCGGAUUUCCUCAAGACAAGCGCCGGAAUUCGCCUUAUGACGUCCAUUGUGUGGCUUUGCUUCAUGCUGCCGCUCAUCAUUCCACGUCGCAUUAAUUCGCUUCGGUACUGCUCCGCCAUUGGGGUGUUGUUCAUUGUUUACUUUGUUGUCUGCGUCAUGACACACUCUGUGAAGCAUUAUGUCGAAGAAGGUGCUGCAGAAGGCCUUGUGAUGGUGCAAACAGGCAACGUUGCGUUGGAAGGGCUAUCGAUUUAUAUGUUCGCUUUCAUCUGCCAGCUAAACGCCUUUGAGAUCUUUCACGAGAUGACUCAUCGAACAGUGUUUCACUUUACGCUCUACAGUGCAAUCAGCAUGACAGUGUGUGCUCUGCUUUACUUCCUUGCGGGCUUCUUUGGCUACCUGGAAUGGGGAAAACGUGUGACGGAUUCGGUGCUCACUCUGUACGACCCUGUACACGAGCCAAUGAUGGCGGUGGCCUACGUCGGCAUUGUGUUUAAAAUAUGCGUGGCAUUUGCUCUGCACUUCAUCCCUCUGCGUGAUGCCAUGUACCACUGCCUUCGCUGGGAUAUUGACACAGUGCCGUACUGGAAGCAUGGCAUCGCCAUGCUGAUUCCUGCGUUUCUUGCGCUUCUCUGCGGAUUAUUUAUUCCAAAGGUGAACACGGUUUUGGGGCUACUUGGCGCUUUCUGUGGUGGCACCAUUGGGCUCAUAUUCCCUCCGCUGUUCUAUAUGUACUCAGGCAACUUUUCCAAGAGGGAAGUGGGCUCCCUCAACUAUAGCUGCACCUACUUACUCCUGAUAUUCGGAGUGGUGGCGGUGGUGUUUGGCACGGGGUCCACCAUCUACGGCACAGUAAGGACGUCGUUUUGA